UUUAUGCGGGCUGCGCUACAGGACUGUCGUCUUGCAGCUGUCCGGAUGACUGCCUUGCAGGCUGCGUCACGGGAAGGAAAGAUGCACAGCCGCACCUUCCCGCUACUCUUCUGUGGAAAAGGGGUGUGGCGGUGCCCUUUUUCCAAUCUCUCUGUGUAAAAGGGGCAGGGGAAAUAAGAGAUUAUAUCGUCUGUGAGUUGUUAAGGUUUUGUGCUUCAUUUGAGUGUGUACAUGUACCCUGUUUAACGAUUGGCGACGCGUGUAAAUUGGCUGACCACGGUGCUACUUUGUACAUCACAUGUACAUUGUUACUAUGGGAGGUACAUAAUCUUGCCAUGCUGGUCCAACCAAGCUCAACAUGGUGUUCUGUUACCCCUUCUCUCUCCAUCAUCGAGUUGCAUCCUUCGCGAACGCUCAGAAGCUACAGGUUACGAUUACGGCUGUGCCUGGUUCCUGUUCCUGUACCUGUACCUGGCCCGCCUGCUGGGCACUGGGCAGCCGUUUUCUUCCCAUCCCAUCCUCCAUGUGUGCAUGCACUGCACCACCACGCGGGCACGCCGUGUUGCCAGCCCCAUGUUCAUCUGCGGGGCUGAGCGGGCGGUCGCUUCCAUUCCACAACACACGGUCAAGACGGAAAACGGGAAACGUGGAAAUGGGGAACGGAGGCUGAGCAUCUUUCCAGUACCCUUUGUUGCAUCG